CAAUCAACGCUUUCCGCGAACAACUGUGACGCAGCUCACAACAGGAAAUCUAUCGACCGAGGGUUCCGCUCACUGUUUGAGAUAGUGGGCAACACGUGUGUGUUUGUCUUGUAUUAGGGUGCGCGAUAGGCGGUAUCCAGAAAUUCCCGUCUUAAAGCAACAACACGGAGUACACUAGCAGAAAGAAUGAAUAUCAGUCCACUUUUUCUGUGUUUCUGUGUCAUGGUCGGAACCUAUGCCGACAAGAAAGUAGAAGAAUCAAACAAGUACCUGGACAAUCUACUCUCGCGGACAUUCCCAGUAACGACCGAUGGAAGGGCUUCACGCAUACCCUUAAGCGUGACCCACCUGGACGGGUUCGAGGUGGAGCAGACUAGAGACAGGUCGAGCGGUCGCUAUAUAACGCACGGUCGAAGGUUUGGUCGUCGCAAACACAAGCACAAAUACGCUAAGUAUGCACUCCUGUACCAACUGGCUCGUAGUGGAUCGAGCCGUGGCUCAUCGCGUAUCGGCUUCAAGCCAAGUGUGUCUGGCAAACAUGGCUCGGGAAAACUCGGACUUGGGGCCCUCCUGCCCACCAACAACUUUGGCGUUAAUAGUCGUGGCUUUGGAGACCCAGCCUUCGUAACCGGGAACCGAGGAAGCCACGGCCCGAAGAAUCCCGUUUUAGGCAUCCUAAAUAUGGGACACGGUACAGGCAUGUCUCAUGACCCUACUAAAAUAGUUCGCCCACCAGCACCGGGCUUCGUUCCGCAGCCAAGACCUCAUGUUCCAGCAUAUGUACCGAUACCGUCAGCGCCACUCUUCCCGUUGGGACCCAACGGCUAUCAUCCUGCAUACGUAGCAACAACACCACCGCCGCGCCCCCUGUCACGGACAGGUACACCUUUUCCCGUAAAUAUAGCAAGAACACCAGUACCUGGCUUCGUCCCGCAAACAAGUGGAUAUUUUCCAGGAGGAACGUCUGCCCCGCCUUUGUUGUCGCGAACAACCAGCUACUACCCUGCGAGAACGCCAGCACCACAUUCUCUGUCGCGAACAACCAGCUACUACCCUGCGAGGACGCCAGCACCACAUUCUCUGUCGCGAACAACCAGUUAUUUCCCCGCGAAUGUAGGAAGGACACCAGCGCCGGGAUUCGUAACGAGACCGAGCAGCCAUGCCUCAGUAAGCGUACCAAAACCUCCAGCUGCUGGCUUCGUGUGGCAACCGAGCCAUCAGCUGCCGAGCUCCUCAUAUGGCCAGCCACGUUGGACCCCUGGGGGCUCUUCGGGACGGUCUUCUGGAAGUCAUUCACCUUCUUCUUCCGGUAGUUCUAGGCUGCCGUCUUCUGGGAGUUCAUCGCCUUGGUCUUCUGGUAGCUCUUCAUCCCGGUCAUCCAGCAGUUCUUCGGGAAGCUCUUGGCGUCCCUCUUCUGGGAGCUCAUCACGUUCAGGGAGUUCGUCGCGCUCUGGGAGUUCCUCAAGAUCUGGAGGCCGGUCUAGGGGUCGCAGGGGCCGCAGGAGCCUGAAGGUUCCCAGCAAAACCAGAUCUGUGCGCUCCCUGGGCACAGACGUCAGAGUACACCUUGAAGGUGGCAACGUUACCGAUCUCCACAAAAUCAAGCGACUCGGCGACUGUUCACCGCCAAUGUGGCAACUGGGGAACACUACUGUAGCAUGUUACGUGCAGUUAGACGGCGUCAAAGUGAAUUUUACAGGCACGGUGACGGGCGAAAGAUGGACCCGUGCAACAACGUUUCGUAAGGCAGUGCCCAUCAGCGUGGUAGCCAUGCUGAAGAACUCCACAGCUUUCAUUGAAGUCACAAGCUUGCCAGGUGCUCCCCCGAAACUCUCCGCGUGGAGCGUGAUGCCUUCGGAGUUGCGAAUCAGUUACUCCAGGCCUCUGGACGUGGACUGGGAUAAAAAAGGAGCCCUGGAAGAACAAAUCGAGGCGCAUAUAAAUGAAGAUGUGACUGACUACCUCUACGGAUCGUUGCAAGAGGGAAUCGCUGAUGCCGUAAGGAACAGCACACUGCCGCUGCCGUGACGUGCUGUAUACCUUGUCUUGUCUGGUGCUGUCUGCUUCGUCUCGCCUUACGAGAUAUUAUUUUCUAGUAAAUCAGUCAUCUCAAGUACCAAUACACUGAUAUGUGCGCACAGUAUUGUCGUCGUUUCGGUACUUAGAGCGUCAAGUAACGUUGUUAUAGCAUGGAGAUUAUCAAAACACUAGGAUGAGUACCGAACCGUUAUUUUUUAUGUAUUUACAAACAAUAAAGAAACUUUCAAUGUUGGCAUGAUA